CGAGGGCAUUGAUUGGUUGUGUUUGUUGCUCUAUCGAAAAUGUCGACACUGGGAUACUUUGUUCGUCGAUUGACCACUUUUAAAGAUAGAACGUUUAUUUCAAAGACUUGGAAAAGAUAUCUUUCGGAAGAGCUGGGACCAAAAUACUAUGCAGAGGAAUCUUCUGUUACGUUAACUGAAACGCCUUCCGAACUUGCUGACAGAUACCUUCAGUCGUUACUGAGACGUGCAACGGCAGGAAAUGAAGAUAAGACUUCAAAGGCACCUCUAUGGGAACUUCCUGGGGACGUUGUACGACCGGCUCCAUCCAGUACACAUUCUUCUAAUAGCUUGGAUUCAGAUCAGCAAAUCGUACAACAAGUGAGAGCACUCUUCCACGAUCACAAAGAUGUCGGUUUGGGAAGUGCACGACCCAAAUUUAGAGAGAUGUUUACACAUAGAGUUGCUGGAGAGGUCGCAAAGCAAAUACGAAGACUGUUGCUGGAACCGAGAUUCCGUCUCAUCGAAACUCUUGCCACCGACUUAUCGCCAAAUGUAGCAGAUAUGGAAAAGAGUGUUGAAUAUUUGAAAGUGCAAAGAGAGCAGUCACCCACCACUCCAGAGACUGGAGAGAAUUGGAAAGAUUCAACGGGGGAAGAUUCUUUGGAAGCAAAUGAGGAAAUAGAACAACCUAUAGAGGAUGUUCCAGCUUCUGAUCGUUUCCUUGCAGUUAGAGAGCAGUUAACACCUCCAUUUUACAGAGUUUUCAAAGCAAUGUUGGAUCAUCCAGAAGGAGUUAUGGCUGUUUUACAGCUUCGAACGGUAAUGGGCUAUCGUAAAGAAUUAAUGGAUCCUUUUCGAGUUGCUGUGCACAGACAUUUGAAGUAUCUCUCCAAUCGUUUGGUUCUUGACUUGUUUCGUGAGGAUAUGUUGGUUUUAGAAAGUUCCAAUAUUGACUCGAAUGCAAGGACCAUCAUGUUUUCUUAUAAUGACUGGAGACAGGAAUGGAAUCCUCGUCGAACCAUUUUCGAGCUUUUAGAACGUCUCAACAAAGGUUGCAAAGUUUUCAAUUUGAAGCACAAGUCACAACCAUUGCUUACGAUGGCGACGGCACACGUUGCAUUUUGUGAACAACUUCCGGCAAGUGAUGAAGAAGUUGGAAAGUUAUGUGAACCGUAUCGUUCCGAUCGAGCACUUCAUCCUGUAAUCAAUCAUAUCCGAGUUCGUUCACUUUUAGGAGGUUUAGAUAUGGAGCAAAAAGUUAUCAAUCAUAUUCUCUAUAAGGAUUUGCCUUUGCGGAUGAACUACAAUGGUGAUGUUUAUACGCUGUCUGUUGUGCGACGAUUUGUUUCUUGGCUAUUCCACCAAAUGAAACUCUUUAAUGGAUCUGCAGCGCCUAGUUUUCAGGAUAGAAUGGUCCUAUCUGCAGAUGAUGCAGCAGUAGUGAAUACUAUUUUAGAAGUUUUGAAGGACAAUACUACAGAUACUGCUCAGGUUUUAGACCCUGCAGCAGUUGAAGAUCAGUUGAUUCGGGCCAAGGAUACCAUCAUGAAACUUUGUGCGUAUUAUAUUCUUCGAGCUGAUGGUUAUGUGAUUCGUUGUUCCGAUCCAGUCGCCCGAAUUCAUUUUAGUAAUGGUGCUGAGUUAUAUCGUAUAAACUACAUGGCUGAUGUUUCCAGGUCGAGACUUCGAGAAAGCCUUGGUAUUACUGUAAACUUUAGGUAUCGUUUACAAGACCAGGAACGUAAUAUACUUAGAUUUUAUAAGGGUGAACCUGCUCCUGCUUGUAGUGAGUUGGGACAGUGGAUUCCUGUAGUAGACAGUAUGUAUGAAAACGGAAAGACUGCAUAAGAAAAUAAAGUGUUGAGAUUCAUU